AUGCUCCCUCCGGCACUCAUAAACGCUUCCAAGUCAAAGUUGAUUAACCUGCCUCCAUUGUCACGCAUCGAAACUCAUGGUAAGGGUUUUGUAUUUUGAAGGCAAGAUUAGUUUUUACUGUAGUAAUAUAGAAAUAUACGGUACCAAUAUUAAGGUGGUUAAAAUACGGGUUUCAUUUUAUUUAUUACGGAUAUUAAGGAUGUUUUUUACUUUGAAAUGACUAUAAAAUCUUUCGUAUUACAUUUUAAAACUGGUUUAGCGAGUAUACAACCCUCGUAUAAACAAAUUGUUUCCUUACAGUUGAAUACAUUAGUGGUAUUGCCCUAAUCUUCAUUACUAUGAUGUAAAUCUUUAUUACUUUGACGAUGUAAAUCUAUAUUACUAUAGUGUAAUCGCCUUUCAGCUCUACUGAAUGAUGGCCAAAAGUCUCGGCCGCACAAACUCAGGAACGGCGAAAAGUUUGUGAGUCAUAUGAGCCGUUCCCCAUCGCCACAACGCAAACCCUCGAUUCUGCACAAAAGCUUCUCCGAGACGGCGGAGGCCACGCGGACAGUGAGCUUUGAUGAAGAGGCGGUUGUUAUCAACGGGUAAGUUCUUUUGUUCGAGUUUAGGGUUUUUGAAAUUUGUUUUUUGAAAAUUUUUAUGUUAUACUUGACGUACAGAGAUGGCUGUUUUGGUUUUUAAGUAAAGAGAAGUUGCUUGGACAGCCCAGGCCGGAACCGGGCAGAGUAGAUCAAAACAAGGCAGGGCAAAGUCAGGACAAGGGCAGGGCGCAACAAGGCAAGGCAGGGCAGAGCACAAAACAAAGCAUUUUUUUUUAAUUUUUAAAAUGAAAAAUAAAUUUUGAAAAAUUUAAAAUGAGUUGUUUUUGUAAAACAAGAUCACCCCUCCCUCUUUUAAAUCCAUUCAUUCUUUGUGCCGGCAUGUGUAAUAAGCUUUCUCUUCCGUAUUAUUCCAUUAAAGCGGUCUGCGCGGCCCAACACAUCCCUCCAAGUUUUUUAUCUCUCUCCCAAAUUAUUUUAGUGCUCAUUAUACGUUAUGAUAACCUCAUGCGUUUGGCUGGCACGUAAUUCGAAUAAUUUUUAUUUGACUAAAAACUUUCGUUUAUUCUUUGAGUUGCUACAAUAUUUUUUAAAAUACCAGGCAUACUUGCAUUUUAUUAGCUUGUGCACAUAAUCCUGUGCCCUCUAGCUCCGAAAAUUAGCAAAAGGGCACAGAAUUAUUUGAACAACUUAAUAUUAGGUUGUAUAUAAAGUAAUGAGCUAGGUCUCUUAUAGCAAUAUAAAGUUCAGUAGCUCAUUACUUUUUAUACAACUUAGUAUUAAAAGAAUGAUGACUUGAAACCUAUACCUAUAAUAUUAGGUUCUUCAAAUAAUUCUGAGCUUUUUUUUCAAAGCAAUUUUUGUUGUUAAGUAGCUCAAAAUUUUUUGAACAACCUAAUUUGUAAAAUAGAAAAAAAUUGGCUUAAUAUGUUUUUGGUGCAAAGGGGCACCGAAUUAUCUGAACAACUUAAUAUCAGUAACCGAAUGCUAAAAAAAGGAUACUUUUUCAAAAAACUGCCUUUAUUCUCAUCCUUUCCAAGACUUGAUACAGGCCUCGGAAAGGCUGAGCUUGUUGUGGCGAACGAUGGAUUAUGUUCCGGUUCUCGGAUUGGGCCGAACGGAAAUUGUAUUUAUUUUUUGAGAUGUGUUAAAUGAGCGAAUCCAACCAAAUUCGAUUUCCCAAAGAGCUCUUUAUUCCCCCCACAAAAUAACAAAAAUCCGACGUUUUAAAAAGGAGGGCCUUAAGCCGUCGCGGGAUGUGCCUUACUUGUUAUUAUACGCAUCCAAGGUGUCUUGUUUAUACUGGUUUGUAUAGUGGCUUGUAUUUUUGUUUAUGUCCGUGAAGAUGGCUUGUAUUUUGUUUUCUCAGAUUUUUUGCUUUUUUUCAAAUUGGGACUUUUCGGAAGUUUGACUGUUGGGCUACAGUAUGGGUCGUAUAUAUUAUCUAUGGAAAUAUGUAUGAUCGUAUAUAUAAAAUAUCAUUUUUUGAUGACAUUUUUUGUGUUUUUUUAAUUUAUAACGUAUUUUUAAUCACUAAGAUUUUAAAUUUUAACUUUAAAGUUACAGUAUAACAAAUUGCUGGGAGAUUUUAAAUUUCUGUUUGUUAUAAAGGAGUUCGAGUUUUAAAUGCACUGUGUAGUGUUAGCUGUGAUCUCAAUAGUUAUUUGGAUUACGGGAGUUUCGUUAUAAAAGAGUUUGUUAUACAAGUGGUCCACUGUUUUUAAUAGUGGCAAAAGGUCAAAACUCAUCAAAACCGGUCGAUUUUUUGUGAAAUCAACUUUUUUCAUUUUUCGCUUUUUUUAAUUUUAAAAACAAAUUGAAAGCUAUGCAUAACUUUUUAUGUUUAACAUUGUUUAUAGGAUACAUCUUUUAAAAAUGUUUUUGAAAAUUUAAAAAAUUAGGAUGAUGGUAGAAGUACUGUAGUUUUAACAAUUUUCAUAAAAUGAAAGUUUUUUUUGGUUCAGAUUUUUAAAUUAAUCAUCUAUUCUUAUGUAAAAUAUUAAAUUUCUACUUACUUUUUUUUUAAAGUUACAGUAAAAAUAAUUGGCGAUACUAUUUUUCACAGUAACUUUGUACUAAAAUUGACAUUUUUACUGUAGAAUCAACCUUAAAAAUCAAAUUUACUUUUAAUUUCUAAGAUCCGAAACCAAAAGAUUCAUAAAAUUUGAGGUUACAUACGAUUCGAUGUCAUGGAUAUGAAUAAUAAGUACGUCGUCGGCAUCUCAUCGUAUUAUUUAUUCUGUUUAGUCUUUAUGUUAAUUUGAGCUCUAGUAAUAUUUGUGUCGUAUAACAUAAAUUUGUACUAACCCAACGUUCACGGCACAUUUUUUGAGAUUUUGUUGGGUAACUGGAGUAAAAGGCUAGGGUAAUUUAGAGUAAAACAGGGUAGAAAAAUAAAAGGUACGGUAAGGUAGCGUAGGAUAGGGCAGAGUAGGGUAGGAGGGGAUAGGGGAGGGUAGGGUACGGUAGUCUAGGGUAGAGUAGGGUAGGGUAGAGUGAGAAAAGGGAAGGGGAAUAGACAGGUACGUUGGGGUAGGGGGAAGAGAUAUAGUGAUGUCGGAGUUUUGAUUACUUUGUUAUGGGAAUGUAACUGCAUAGUAAUGAGACAAAGGUUGACGCUUGGGAUCCUGGAAGUGGAUAUGAAGUCGAUUUAAAUAAAAUUUUUCCGCAUUAAGUUUAAGCUUGUAUUUUACAUUUCAUUAAAUCGUAGACUAAGUUACAAUAAAAAAUUGUUUUGUUUUUUUAAAAAUUUUUAAAAAAUUUUGUUUUGUCCUGUAUAGUACGUUAGACUAAUAAACACAAAAAACUACGUUGAUAGGGCUAAGGAUCAUCUGAAAAUGUCUGUUAAUGUGAAGUUUGGGCUAAAACAACAAUAAAAUCAUCAUCAAGCUUCUCCACCCCCUCCCCCUCUUUCUGACUGAAGUAUCCUACUCAGUACUACCUGCUUUAACACCAAAACUCUUUACUGUAAGUCUGAGAGAUGUUUGCUUUUGUAUUCAUGUUAUGGUAAUUCGGAUCGGAAGCCAUAAAUAAUAAAUGUCACAAGCCCCUUCAAGAUCAGAUAUUUUCGAAAAAAGUGUCCGCGGCUUCUCGCCCUCCGGCCAUGCCCUUUCUUUAAGUGUGUCGCAAUUUUUAAACUUUUUUCGAGUCGAAAGGCUGUAUUAAUCAAAAUUUAAACCGGUUUUUGUGGCCGGCUGACAUUGCGUGCAGGCUCUGUGUCGUCGUAUGUUUUAAGACAGUAGAUUUGGUAUGCAUGAGGUACAUAGGCGAGAGUAAACGUUGUUACUUUGAUUGAAUUACUAAAUACUAGAAAGGGUUUUUAAUUGUUUUACUCCCGGCGGAACUGCCCUUUUCCAUGGAUUUUUGAUUUGCAGGGUCUGGAUGAAGAGAUAUUAUAGUUUGUGGCAUGGGCGGGGGAUUUGGCUUUAAUAUAGUAGCGAGGGUGGGUAAUUUUUCUUGGAGUGUUUAAUAUAGUGGCAUAAGCGGGCAAUUUUCUUUGGACAGGGGAAGAGGGGGGGGGGAGGGGGAGGGGGGUGUUUAAUGUAGUGAAAUGGGUGGGUGGAUGAUAUAGCUUGGAAAAAGAGUGGAGAGAUGAGAAAAGCAAGCAUUUUUUAAAAGGAGGGUCAUUUUAUAGGUACUUUUCGAAAAAAUUUGAAUUUUAAAAGUUUUUUCGAAUAUGCACUUUUAUUUUUUUGCGUUUUUGUAACAUUAUUUGUUUUAAAAUGACAUUUUUUUGUUUUUAAAUGUGUUGCAGUGACAAAAGGUACUAUAACUUUUGCUUUAAAAUCAUAUUUUUUUUAAAAAAUUUGUUAUUUUCUAAAGUUUUUACUGUAUUUUUUAGUUAUUCAAAAAAUCGUAAGCUCCACAGUAAAGUUUAACAUUCUAUUAUUAAAGUUUCUUACAAACUUGUAACGUAUUUACACUAGAUUUAUUACUUUACUUUACUUUACUUUUUCCACAAAUUUAAUUAAUUAUUAAAAGUGUGAAUUUUCAGUGGUAUGACAGAUGAAGCAGAGAGUUCAUCUAAACAAGUGAACAUAACAGUAGAAGAACACCCACAUUCGAUUAAAGAGUACGAUCAGGAUGAUUUGGAAGCCAGAUUGCCUCAGGAAAAGACUUCGUUGAAAGGAUCGGUCAAGAAUGAGGUAAAAUACGGUUUUUUGUAUUUAAAAAUUUUUUCAAAUUAUUUUUAAAAAAAUUAUAAAAAAAUUUUUUUAAAGAGCUUUAAAAAUGGCGUUUCAUGAUUGGUUUAUAACAAAAAUUAAAAAAUAAAUUUUAUGAAAAAAUCAAUAUGUGACAUUCCGUCCAUUUCUUCAAUUGAAGCAGUUUGAAACAAAAUUUUGGGAAAUUUUAAAAUUUUUUUGUUGAUCGGUCUAAAAUUGAAGAGAAAAGUUGAAAAAAUUAGUUUUAUCAUAUAAAAAUGGCAGUUCUACAAACUUUUCAACCAAUUUUUUCAAAUUUUUAUUUUUUUUGUAAAAACGGCAUUCUAAUGUCUCAUUAAAAUAAGUUAGCCAAUGCUAUAACUUUAAUAUUUUCAGGACCAAAUCCUCCGUCUCAGCAUUGGCGGCUCCAGCUAUCGCAUUCGCACCCGGUCGAUUCUAAAAUACGGACCGACCACGUUGCUCGGUCGAUUAUGUCGCAUGGAUCACGAGCAUCGCCGGCAAUGGGCGGAUGGGUAUUUCGAGGAUUCGGACGAGUACUUUUUUUGAACGAGUGCCAAGGUAAACUUUGAAAUGUCAUUUGUUGUGUGACAGUUGUCAUUUUGAGAAGGUAUACUUUCGUGACAUUUGGAGGGGGAAAACGUAUGCGGAAAUGGGUGUAAAGUUAAUUUUGAGACGUUUGAACAUGAGAUUUUUGAAAAAUUUUUUUUAAUUUUAAAAAUUCUGGCUUUAAAAUGCAAAAAAAUCAAGUUUGCAACAUUUAACCAACAUUUUGAUGUCUUAUGACACUUUUUAGGUAUCAAUUUUCACUUUUUUCAAGCCUAAGGCGUUCGAAAAGGUCAUAAAUCAUUUUUUACUUUUUGUGACUAAAAUCCCACACUAAAAAACCGCCAAAGGCACUUUUGCUGACAAAAGUGUUAAGUGUCAAAGUUUUGUGACAUCUUUUCUUAUGACCAACUUUUUCUGAAAGCCGAGAUUCUCAAGGAAUCUUGUAGUAUCAGGUUUCAAAGUUGUUUAAUUACCGGAAGUUUUUGUUGCUGAAAUACAGUAGGAUAAUGUUUUUUUUUUUUAAGUUAAAAGGAACGUGUAACGUUGUGAACGUUUUUUAGAAAGGGUAGUCUUGAGUAGAACAGCUUUUUGUAUAGUCAGGAUAGUAUCUGUAAUAUAUGUUGCAUUCCAGGUACUUCGAUCCAAUCUACGACUUUUAUGCUGCCGGCAAACUUCAUGUUCCCAAGGACUUGUGCUUCGAGAAGUUCAUGUCCGAACUUCGGUUUUGGGCCGUUUCCAAAGCCAAAAUGGACGAUUGUUGCUCGCCGUUUGCGCAGUAUUGUCUUAUGAGGAAACUGCCCACUGAUCAGCCGGUAAGUUAUUAUUUUAAAAAAGUAAUUCUCGGUAAAAUACGUUAUAUUUUAUUGACUUUUUGAGAUUAAAUUUUGAAUUUUUAUAUUUAUUACAUUACAUAUUUAUUUGUUACAUUAUCUCAAUUCAAUUGAUCACUAUAUUAUACUAAAGCCUUUGCAAUAUAAAGAAAUACUAUUAGGUUGUUCAGAUAAUUCUGUGUCCUCUAACCACGAAAAUUAUUCUUAAUGGGGACACAGAAUUAUUUAAACAACUUAAUAUUAAUUGACGAAAGCAUGCUAAAACUGAAAAAAAAAGUUACAGACGUCUACAGACAUGGACGAUGAAGCCGAAAAGGCGAUCCCAUCGUUUUUGCGAGGCCAAAGACUUGAUCCUUUAAGUUUAGAAAGUGUAUCUACCCUCAUGAACCCCUUUGUUAUAUAAAAAAACAUAAUUUUACUUUGUAAAAUACGUGGUAGUUUUCUACUACGCUUUAAAAGUACUUUUUGUACCUAAAAAAUUCAAUUUGAAUAAUAUUAAGUUUUUCAAAUAAUUCUGCGCUUCGUAACUUCGAAAAUUUCUUUGAUAGGGGGCACAAAAUUAUUUGAACGACCUAAUAUUAACCUUGAUGUUUAGACAAAAAAUUAUUUUUUCUUUAUUUUUCUGUUGAAAUGUUACCCAAUCUACCCCUAAAACUGCAAAAAAUACCCAAGUGUGUCAAACUACCCUCAAAAUAAAUAACUACAUACCACUUAAUAUUCAUAAAUUUUUGUAUUUUAGUAGUAAAACAACUUUUUUUAGGAAAAAGAUCACUUUAUUGGCUUGAGAUGUGCCAAAGUGAGACGAAGGCUAUGGUUAGUACUAGAGGGACAUUCGAAUUCAAAAUGGUGGAAGUUUUUUGAAAUUACAUCAACAUCAUUUGUUGUACUUAGUAUUACAGCGCUUAUUAUGGGCUCAAUACCCGAGUUCCAAGUACCUAGUACUAUAUUCUCUGAUGGUGUUCAAACGACGUGAGUUGUUAUAAGUUUUUGUAACAUUUUCUUUUAAUGACCGUACGAUGCAAUGCAGUACGGUACUGCAAAUUUAAUUUUUUUUUCUUUCCUUAUGUGUAUAUCUUUCUUUAGGGAUAUAUCAGUAACAGAACAAUAUAACAUUACAUUAUUAGUUUACGAUAUAACUUUACAGUAAAACUUUACAGUAUAAAUUUACAGUAUAACCUUUACAGACCAGCCGCGACAUAUCCGACCUACCCGAAAGUGGCUGGGUAUACUGUAUCCACAACGACCGUAAUAAAAGAAGGCGACGAUACUCGACCCGAGAUGGUAGAACAUCCUGUAUUUAACUACGUAGAGAACAUAUGUGUUAUAUACUUCACCAUAGAGUACCUACUCCGAUUGUGGGUAGCGCCACGGAAGCUAGCUUUCAUAAAAGAGUUCUUGAACAUUAUUGACCUUCUAGCUAUAGCACCCUUUAUGUUCGAAGUAGUACUGGUACUAGUGGGCAUCAGCGGAGAUAAGGUAAGGAAGGUACGAUGGGCAUUCCUCACCGUGCGACUGCUACGUGUGCUACGAGUCGUGAGGAUCGCGAAGCUUGGGCGCUUCUCUCCAGGCUUGGCUAACUUUGCGCUGACUUUGAGGAAGAGCAAGAAGCAGAUGCAGAUGGUGUUCAUUGUCAUGCUGACGGUGAUGGUCUUCUUCUCGACGUUAGUCUACUUCUUGGAGAGGGACGAGCCUAACACUACAUUCACCUCGAUACCAGCCGCCUUCUGGUGGUGCUUGUUCUCACAGACUAAAUGGGUGCCACAAACUGCGGGUGAGUAUAUUGUGUUAGGUAUAAAAGGUCUUGAAAAUUUAAAAAGGGGAAGUUGUUUGAAAUGAUUGAAGAUAUAAAAUAAAAUAUAGUAAUAAAGAUGGUAAGAUAUAGUAGUAACUCAAAAAAGUUAAAGCAAUUGUCAUAAUUAAUGUUUUUAGCCGGAAAAGUUGUCGGCGGUGGGGCUAUUGUAUGUGGUGCGAUGGUACUGGCACUUCCAGUCACUAUUAUGGUAAGAUAUACGUAAUCAUUUCUUUUUUAUUUUGUAUUUUACAAAGUUAUCAGUUAUACGACUAAAAUUUUUUUUUAAAUUUACUUCGAGAAAAGGAUGUUCAUAUAAAUCAAUGUCUUUAUAGACAUUACUAAGCAUGAUUGUACUAUAUAAUAUCUUUCAGAUAAACAACUUCCUGACCGUAGUGAAGCUGCGCGAAGAGAAGGUAAUAAAGAAGUAUGCUCAACAACGAGGCGAUCAGGUCUAG